GCGCGAUGCCGGGCCCUCACGUCUCGCGUGUGCUGGCCCUGUAUCGGCGCAUCUUGCAAUUGCACCAGGUCCUGCCCCCUGACCUCAAAGCCCUGGGGGACCAGUACGUGAAGGACGAAUUUCGGAGACAUAAGUCCGUUGGUUCUGACGAGGCCCAGCGCUUCCUGCAGGAGUGGGAGGCAUAUGCAGCAAUGCUAUGGCAACAAGCUAAUGAAAGCAGACAGAAUUCAACUGAGAAAGCCAGUUUUGGAACUGCCCUCCCCAAAGAAAAACUUAAUGACUUUCGUGAUGAACAAAUUGGACAGUUGCAGGAGCUGAUGCAAGAAGCCACUAAACCCAAUAGGCAGUUUAGCAUUACGAGUUCUACAAAACCAACAUGGUAACUUACAGAGUAGAGCCUACCAAAGAUAUUAAAGAUCAGACCCCUUUAUCUAACUGUUAGUGGAUUGAGAAAUAUAUAGUUCUUAAGCAGUUUAGGUUUUGAAAAUGCCUACUCUUAUGAGCUAUUCUUUUAUUUUUGGAUGUUGUAAAUGUUUUCUAUCAUAAUCACCAGUAGAUAAAACUUUACAUUAUUUGAAUAACUUACUUUCUGGAUGUGAUUUAAUUUUGUACUCUAAACAAGAAAGAUCGAUUCUAAAAUGGAUAAACUACUGAAAUUUUGCUGAAAAAUGUUUAUGUGUAAGUUUGCUUGUAAUAAAAGUGUUGUCAGACAGCAGCCUCCUGACUUUUUAGUAUCACCAUCCAAUAAACAUAUGAUAAGGAUAAAUGUGGAAUUCCAACAAAGUUAUUAUCCUUCUGCAUUGUCGUUCUGAAAGUGAGAUCAUUUGUACUGUAGUGACACAUAUGUUAUUAUUAUUCUUUUGGAAGUUCCUCCUCCCUGACUCAUGUUUAUUCACAAUGAAAUAUUAAAGAGAUGCUCUAAGAUUUA